UUUUUUCUGUCAAGGGGCCGCCCACUAAUUUAAAUAUAGGCCUCUAGAGGAGAGAACUUGUGUAAACACGCCAUGAUCACAUCAGCUAGCUAGAGGUGGAGAUCAUGGAGGUGCAGCAAGGAAGUCCCGAGAUGAAGAGCUAUUUCGAUGUCCUGGGGCUCUGUUGCUCUUCCGAAGUCCCACUGAUCGAGAACACCUUGAGGCCAUUGGAAGGAGUUCACAAGGUCUCAGUCAUCGUUCCUUCCAAAACUGUCAUUGUCGUUCAUGAUCCUCUCCUCAUCUCUCAGCUCCAAAUUGUCAAGGCUCUGAACCAGGCCAAGCUCGAGGCCACUGUUCGGGUGUAUGGACAGGACAAGAUCAUCAAGAAAUGGCCGAGUCCGCACAUAUUGGCCAGCGGAUUGCUGCUGCUGAUCUCCAUGUUCAAGCACUUCUUUCACCCUUUGAAAUGGCUGGCCAUUGCCGCGGUCGCUGUCGGUCUACCUUCGAUUGCGCUUCGAAGUGUCACUGCCAUCCAGAGAUGCACUCUGGACAUCAACAUUCUGAUGCUGAUGGCAGUUGCCGGGGCAGUUGCCCUUGAAGACUACUCAGAGGCAGGGUUUAUUGUGUUCCUCUUCACCAUUGCAGAGUGGUUGGAAUCACUGGCUAGCCAUAAGGCGAGUGCAGGAAUGUCAUCCCUGAUGAGGAUGGCUCCUCAGAAGGCCAUCUUGGCCGAAACUGGCGAAGUAGUGAAUGCUCAAGAUGUGAAGGUGAGCACCAUCCUUGCAGUCAAAGCCGGAGAACUGAUCCCGAUCGAUGGAGUUGUGGUUCAAGGGAGGAGUGAAGUCGACGAGAGUAGCCUUACAGGAGAAUCCUUCCCUGUUUCCAAGCAGCCCCAGUCUCUUGUUUGGGCCGGCACGCUAAACAUAGAUGGUUACAUUAGCGUCAGGACGACUGCUUUGGCUGAGCAAUCUGCUGUUGCUCGAAUGGUAAGAUUGGUGGAAGAAGCACAAAACCGCAGAUCCAAGACACAGACACUGAUAGACUCCUGCGCCAAGUAUUACACACCAGGGAUAGUAAUGAUAGCAGCAGGAUUCGCUGUGGUUCCUUUGGCGAUCAGAGCUAAGAAUCCUAAAAAAUGGUUGAAGCUGGCUCUGGUGCUGUUGGUGAGUGCAUGCCCCUGUGCACUGGUACUAUCCACACCUGUGGCAACUUUUUGUGCACUGCUGAAAGCAGCAAGGAUCGGAUUCCUCAUCAAAGGAGGCGAUGUUCUUGAAAAUUUGGCCGGAAUAAAAGCAAUUGCAUUUGACAAGACAGGAACGCUCACAAAUGGAGAGUUCACUGUCAUGGAUUUUCGCUCAGUUAGCAGCGACGUCUCCAUGGAGACACUCCUCUUGUGGGUUUCGAGCAUCGAGAGCAAAUCGAGUCACCCAAUGGCAUCCGCGCUAGUCGACUAUGCUAAAUCAAAUUGUGUUGAACCAAAACCAGAGACAGUGAGCGAGUUCCACAUCUACCCGGGAGAAGGAAUCCAUGGAGAGAUUGAUGGAAAGAACAUCUAUAUAGGAAACAAAAGAAUUGCUUCGAGGGCAUUAUGCGAGAGAAUUCCAGACAUAAAGGAUACGCAAGGGAUCAGCUACGGAUACAUAUUCUUGGAUUCGACACCAAUUGGAAUAUUCACACUUUCUGACACUUGCCGAUCUGGUGCUGCACAGGCAUUGAAGGAGCUAAAAUCGUUAGGCAUCAAAUUGGCUAUGCUUACAGGAGACAGCUCUGAAGCAGCCAUGCAUGCUCAGAACCAGCUAGGGAAUGCGAUAGAAGAUGUUCAUGCAGAGCUUCUACCAGAGGACAAGGUAAGGCUCGUCGGAGAACUGAAAGCCCGUGAAGGCUCAGUAGCAAUGGUUGGAGAUGGGAUGAAUGAUGCUCCUUCCUUGGCCCUGGCAGAUGUAGGAAUCUCGAUGGGCCUGUCAGGUUCAGCAGUUGCAAUGGAAACCAGUCAUGUAACCUUACUGUCCAUCGAUAUUGGCAAGAUCCCUAAAAUCAUCAGGCUAGCCAAGAAGACUUACUUCAAGAUCAUCCAGAACAUUUUCUUCUCGGUGGUAACAAAAGUAGUCGUCCUGGCGAUUGCCUUUGCUGGGCAUCCAUUGCUCUGGGCUGCUGUCCUGGCUGAUGUUGGAACAUGCCUACUGGUUAUCUUGAACAGCAUGAUGUUAUUACAGUCAAAGAAGAGCAAGAAGUGUUGCAAGUCUGCUCACAAAAAGCAGACUGAAAUUCCGCACUGCGCCAAUAAAGGAUUGGCUCACAGGAGCUGUGAGAAUCAGGGUUGCCAUAUGGAAUCAUCUAACGAUUCUCAUGAGACUGCACAGAAAGUAAGUUCAAGCGAAGAACAUUUAGUUUCAAUUGCAGAAGGGAGAAAGCAUACAUGCAAGAAGAGCCAAACGUGCAAUGACAAAUCCAUGGAGGAAGAUUGUGAAUCUUCAAAAUCUUGCACAGGGAAAGAUGAAAAAGAGCACGGCGUGUGUUGUAGUGCCAACAGCAAAGAGCCGUGUGGGAAAGAACCAAUCUGUUCCUCUUCACAUGGGUUGCCACACACAGGAAGAAGAAAGACGGGAGGUUGCUGUAGCAGUUACAGAAAGAGGUGUGGACAGAGGGACGGUUGUUGUACAAGUGGAAUAGUACAAUUGCAGGAAAUUAUCGCAGAAUAAGGUGAUAAGAUCCUAAUCAAAUAACGCAGGGCAAUUGCAUAUUGUGUGUCUCCAUCUCAUGGAGUAGGCGAAUGUGUUUUGUUUUGUUUGAUUUGUGUGUAUGCGCAUGAUGAUCAGCAGUGGAUCAGGAUUUUAAAUUUGGAGGCACUAUAAAAAAAAAUAAUUAUUAUACA